AUGGAGCCCUGCUCUGACCAUAUCGAAAGGUAUCCGCCCAUUAUCCAAGGUCCCUAUCUGAGAAACAUUUCAUACACUGACAAUCGCUCCUUCCGCCCAGUUCUCCUCUCGAUCUGCUCCAUGCUGACAGACCCCAACCCCGAUGACCCAUUGGUACCUGAGAUCGCCCAUGUCUACAAGACUGACCGUCCGCGUUAUGAAGCUACCGCGCGCGAAUGGACCCGGAAUGUCUAUGAGGAAAAGCCAGUUGAUUGA